GAGGAGGAGAAACAUGGCGGCUCCGGUUCUCUCCAGUCGGGCCUCCGGCAGCAGCAGCUCCGGGAACAGCCUCUCCAACAGCCUCUCCAACAGCCCUACCUCCGGGGGGAGGGCGCCCCCCUCCGCGGGAACUGCAGAGCUGGACUUCAGGUCCGCGAGCCGCAUGGAGGACCUGAACCGUUUGAUCUCUGAGUUCAGCAAGCAGGAGCAGCGCGAGACCGACGAUCAAAGGGCUCUGGAGAUCCACACCGCCAAGGACUUCAUCUUCAGCAUGCUGGGCAUGGUGCAGAAGUUGGACCAGAAGACUCCCGGUGGCCAACGAGUACUGCUGCUGUCGGGCGGGGUCAGAGAGGGCGUGGUGGACAUGGACCUGGAGGACCUGAGUGUGUGUUCCAUGGGGACGGACUACGACAUGGACUUCACUCUGCUGGUGCCCGCGCUCAAGCUGCACGACCGGAACCAGCCGGUGACUCUGGACAUGCGUCACUCGGCUCUCGGCCACUCCUGGCUCAGCCUCCGGCUCUUCGAUGAGGGCACCAUCGCUAAGUGGAAGGACUGCUGCACCCUGAUGGAGCACAACAUCAGCGGAGCCACCAACUACUUCUUCUCCCCCACGCUGGUCUCUGAUUGGUUCCACCCGGCCCGCGUGUCCCUGGUGCUGCUGGAGGUGCAGAAGAAGCCUCAGAGGGGGAUGCCCCGCGUGGAGAAGGUGGAGAGGAACGGCACGGUGAUCUCCGUGGUGCUCGGCGUGGCAGCCGCCGCAUGCUGUAACGACAUCGUGCCCGUGGUCUCCUUCAAAGGCUGGCCGGCGGUGGCUCAGAGCUGGCUGAUGGAGAACCACUUCUGGGACGGAAAGAUCACGGAGGAGGAGGUGAUCAGGUUCUACCUGGUGCCCGCCUGCUCCGGGGGCCGCAAGGAGAACGAGUGGAGGCUGUCGUUCGCCCGCAGCGAGGUGCAGCUGAAGAAGUGCAUCUCCUCCAGCCUCAUGCAGGCGUACCAGGCGUGCAAAGCGAUCCUCAUCAAGCUGCUCUCGCGCCCGAAGGCCCUCAGCCCGUACCACCUGCGCAGCGUGAUGCUCUGGGCGAGCGACCGCCCUGCCCGCCUCCUCCUCCUCCAGGAGCACUUCUUCCGCUGCUUCAUGCUGGGCCUCAUCGACGACCUGCAGCACUGCCUGCUCAACAAGAUGUGCCCCACAUACUACUUCAUCCCACAAUGCAACAUGCUGGGAGACGCUGUCCGACGAGGGGCGGCCAUGCUGCACGCCAGAAAGCUGUCCUCGGUGCGCUCUGACCCGGCGGAGCACCUCAGAUCCACCAUCGAGCACGCCAAGGCGGCCAAUCGGAUGACAGAAGAGCUCCAGUGGAGGGAGGGCAGCCAAUCGGUGCCUCAGAGCGUCGGCAGCAGACAGUCCGCCGACGACCGGCUGGCCAAGAAGCUCCAGCAGCUGGUGACGGAGAACCCCGGGAAGUCCAUCUCUGUGUUCAUCAACCCGGACGACGUGACCCGGGCCACUAUCAGGAUCGAUGACAAGUUCUUCUGAGGAGACUGCUUUUCCUCCUCUUCUUCCUCUUCUUCCUCUUCUUCCUCCUCCUCUUCCUCCUCCUCCUCUUCCUCAUAGUUUAUGUUCCUCUGCCACAGAGUGACGUGAGGUGAUCGUCUCGUUGUGUUUCACAGUUUUUUAUUUUUCUACCCCUCACUUUGUGCCCUGUGUUUUUUACCUUUAGCUCGAUGCCUUCUCGACAAACAGCUGAUUAGCAGCAGGUCGUUUAAAAAAGAGGGACGAGGAAAACGUCCAUCUUUAAAUACGAAGCGCAGAGUUUAAUUAUCAGGGAUCUCCGGGAGCGAGACGGCACCUGAACCUCCUGUGGGGACUCACUAAGAACAUCCCAAACAUAUAAAAAUGUGAUGUCUUAAUUAUAACUAAUUAUUUAUUAUUAUUAUUAUGAAUGACUUUUUUGAGAGUGUUUUCACAAUAAUUAAUGACAUCGCAAUUCAUUUUCGGUCCUUAUUCCUCUAAAUUAAAAGAUCUCCAAUUAAUAUUGAGAUAUUACAUUUGAAUUAUGAGAUUCAAAUCAAAGAUGAGACAGAAAUGUGAGAUUAAAACAAUUAAAACAAACUUAAAGGUGGGGUAGGUAAGUUUGAGAAACCGGCUCGAGAUACACUUUUUGUUAUAUUCCAUGGAAUGCUCUUAACAUCCAGAUAGCAAUGAAUUAUGGAAGCCUUAGUACUGUAAAAGGUAGGGCUGUGCAAUUAAUCGUAUAUUAAUCUCGAUUACGAUUUUGGCUUGCAACGAUUACGAAAACAACGUAAUCAAAUA